GAUCCCUGGGAAAUACUUAUUAAAGAAGAUUCUUGAUUACUUGCGCAUAUAAUUCAUCUCUAAUAGUUCACCCAUAGCGGAUCGGAACGCCCCGAAGAAAAAACUAUUCCCCCAUUACAGAAGCUCUUUGAGUGAUCAUGUGCAUUUAAGGUCUUCACAUUGUGAAAGCGCAGGAUGAAAAAAUGAAGACGCUUCCCAUAUUGUUUGGACAAGACAACUUCAACCGGUUUACACCGGAGUCUAUCCGUAACAUCGAGAAGCAGAUUGCCCUGGAGGCAGCCUAUAGGGCUAAGGGAGUGGUACCUGAUGACCCUGAUGAGAAACCAGUCCCUGAACCCAACAGGGAUCUGGAGGCAUGGAAACAACUGCCGUUUAUUUAUGGGGACAUACCGUCUGGAAUGGUAUCCACCCCCCUGGAGGACCUGGACCCAUAUUACAGUAAUCAAAUGACAUUCAUGGUUCUGAACAGCGGGAAAAUUAUCUUCCGUUUCAAUGCCACAGAUUCCUUGUAUAUCUUGAGCCCUUUCAACCCAAUAAGGAAGCUGUCAAUUAAGAUUCUGGUGCAUUGGCUAUUUAGCCAAUUCAUCAUAUGCACCAUCCUGGCCAAUUGCGUGUUCAUGACCCUGACGACCCAGACUAACCCACUGGACUGGGAAAAGAAUGUGGAGUAUACAUUCACUGGCAUAUACACUUCUGAGUGUUUCAUAAAAAUCCUUGCAAGGGGAUUUUGUAUAGGGAAGUUCACCUUUCUUCGUGACCCAUGGAACUGGCUGGAUUUUACUGUUGUUGUAAUGGCCUUUGUCACAGAGUACACAUCUCUCGGCAACCUUUCGGUUAUUCGCACCGUCAGAGUAUUAAGGGCACUGAAAACUAUUUCAGUAAUUCCAGGUUUGAAGACCAUUGUCAAAGCCUUAUUCCAGUCCGUCAAAAAGCUGUUCAACGUACUGGUCCUCACUGUCUUCUGCUUAAGCGUAUUUGCGUUAGUCGGGCUGCAGCUCUUUAUGGGAAAUCUAAAACAUAAAUGUAUCAAAGAAGUAAAUUUCAUGGAUUUCAACUAUACUGAUGAAUACAUAAACAAUAAAAGUAACCAUUAUUUUCUGAAAAAUGCCAAAGAUGCCCUUAUUUGUGGAAACUCCAGUGGUGCUGGGCACUGCCCAGAGGGCUACAUUUGUCGUAAAGCUGGCAAAAAUCCAGACUAUGGAUACACCAGCUUUGAUAGUUUCGGCUGGGCUUUCCUGUCCCUGUUCAGACUGAUGAAUCAGGAUUCCUGGGAGACUCUCUAUCAGCAGACACUGAGAGCUGCUGGGAAACCCUACAUGAUCUUCUUCGUGAUGGUGAUUUUCUUGGGCUCCUUUUAUUUGGUGAAUCUGAUCCUGGCAGUUGUGGCCAUGGCCUACGAAGAGCAGAACCUGGCUGCCAUGAAGGAGGCCCAGCAGAAGGAGGAGGAGUUCCAGGAUAUGCUGGAUAAGCUGAAGAAGCAGCAGGAACGGGCACAGGCUGUCCGUGGCGCCAUUGAUCCUGAGUUAAGACAGAAGAAGGGAAGUAUCACUAAUAUCUUCUCUGAAGCAUCCAAACUGAGCCCCAAAAGUGCCAAAGAAAGGCGCAACCAGCAGCGCAAGUGGAGGGAAGAUGAGGAGAAGGCAGAUGGAGAGACGUUCCAGUCAGAGGACAGCAUCAGGAGGUCAGAGUUCCAAUACUCCUUUGAUGACAACACAGUGACGUACAAGAAGCGAAACUCAUCCACACAAAAGGAAAUGGGGAUUCCACCGAAGAAGCGAUCAAACUCACAUCAGCCAUCGAUGGAUUUCUUAGAAGACUUUGAAAUGAGGCAGAGAGCUCUUAGUGUUGCAAGUAUGCUGACAAAUACAAUGGAAGAACUGGAGGAAUCAAGACAGAAGUUUCCAUCAUGGUGGUACAAAUUUGCGAAGACCUUUCUUGUCUGGGAUUGCUGUCCAUUGUGGUUGAAGGUCAAGCAUAUGGCUGGUCUGGUGGUGAUGGAUCCAUUAAUGGACCUUGCUAUUACCAUUUGUAUUAUCCUGAACACACUAUUUAUGGCCUUAGAACACUACCCAGUGACAGAAAAAUUCACCAGAGUUCUUGACUAUGGAAACUAUGUGUUCACAGGCAUCUUCGCGGCAGAGAUGUGUUUAAAAAUCAUUGCUUUUCAUCCUUACUACUACUUUCAAGAUCGCUGGAAUAUAUCUGACACAGUUAUUGUUGUUCUGACUUUGAUCGAACCUCUGAUAGAAAAAGUGGAUGGUCUGUCUGUGCUCAGGUCUUUCAGACUGGUGAGGGUGUUUAAAUUGGCCAAGUCUUGGCCAACACUCAACGUUCUGAUUAAGAUCAUUGGAAAUUCUGUGGGUGCACUGAGCAACCUGACAUUCGUGUUGGGAAUUAUCGUCUUCAUCUUCGCUGUGGUGGGCAUGCAGAUAUUCGGGAAGGACUACCGCGACUGCACAUGCAAAAUCACAGCUGAUUGCGAACUCCCACGUUGGCACAUGUCCGACUUUCUGCACUCAUUUCUUAUUGUCUUCCGGGUGCUCUGUGGCGAGUGGAUUGAGACCAUGUGGGACUGCAUGGAGGUGUCUGGACAGGGCAUGUGUCUUGUCUUCUUCAUGAUGGUCCUGGUUAUCGGGAAUUUGGUGGUUUUGAAUCUAUUUCUGGCUCUAUUGCUCAGCUCAUUCAGUACCGACAAUCUGCCGGUAACAGAGGAUGACAGAGAGAUGAACAAUCUAAGGAUCGCUUUUGGCCGGAUUAGAUGUGGCAUCUGCUCAAUAAAGGCCGGAUUGCAGAAGUGCUUUCAGAACCUCUGCAGGUGUAACAGGCAUAAAAAUGCCCUCAAAGGGACAUGGAGCUCAAAUGAAGCCCAAAGCAAUUCAGAAAACCCUGUCACCAACCACACUGAGAUCUCCAAGGAACAGCAUUACAUAAAAGAGGGUAAAGAGGCCGCUGAUGUCAUAGCGUGCCCCCCUGAGAAGGAGUACAUAUAUUUUGUCCCCAACCAUGGGUGUACUAUUGUAGUGCCUAUAGCUAUGGAUGAGUCCGACUCUGAGAACCUCAGCACUGAGGACUACAGGGACUCUUUGAAUACAGAGAGACUGAGGGAGCCAAAGCUCAGCACCUCUGAUGGCAGCACCGUUGAUUUGUCAUUUGAGGAAAACGGAGAUUCCAGAGAUGGGGACUUUGAGGAACCCCAGGGACCAGAACCAUGCUUCACUCGAGGGUGUGUCCGUAGAUGCCCAUGUUGCCGUGUCAGCAGGAAUGAAAGCAAGAGGAAAAUGUGGUCAACUCUAAGAACGAAGUGCUUCUGGAUUGUGGAGCACAACUGGUUUGAAAGUUUCAUCAUCUUCAUGAUUCUCCUGAGCAGCUGUGCGCUGGCAUUUGAUGACAUCUACAUUGAAGAGAGGAAAACUAUAAAGAAAAUUCUAGAGUGGGCAGACAAAGUCUUCACCUAUGUCUUUAUUCUUGAAAUGCUACUGAAGUGGGUGGCUUAUGGAUUCGCAAAAUAUUUCACCAAUGCCUGGUGCUGCCUGGAUUUUCUGAUCGUCAAUGUGUCUGUGAUCAGCCUGGUGGCCAAUGCCCUGGGCUUCUCAGAGUGGGCGGCCAUCAAGUCCUUGAGGACUCUGCGAGCCCUCCGACCCCUGAGAGCCCUUUCUCGCUUCGAGGGAAUGAAGGUGGUUGUCUACGCCCUACUUGGAGCAAUAUCCUCCAUCAUGAACGUCCUCUUGGUCUGCCUCAUAUUCUGGCUAAUUUUCAGCAUUGUGGGUGUGAACCAGUUAGCCGGGAAGUUCUACUACUGUGUCAACACCACCUCAAUGGAGCGCUUUGGAGUAGAUGUGGUGAACAACCAAAAUGACUGUUUGAACCUGACGAGCGACGACAAGCGGUGGAUUAAUGUCAAGAUAAACUUUGAUAAUGUGGCAGCGGGUUACCUGGCUCUCUUACAAGUGGCUACAUUUAAGGGCUGGAUGCCCAUUAUGUACGCAGCGGUGGAUGCUCGGGGUGUGGAAUUGCAGCCCCAAUAUGAAAGUCACAGUUUGAUGUACCUGUACUUUGUCAUAUUCGUCAUUUUUGGGUCCUUCUUUACUCUGAACCUCUUCAUCGGCGUCGUUAUUGACAAUUUCAAUCAGCAGAAGAAAAAGCUCGGAGGUCAGGAUAUCUUCAUGACUGAGGAGCAGAAAAAGUAUUAUAAUGCGAUGAAGAAGCUCGGAUCAAAAAAACCUCAAAAGCCUAUCCCCAGACCAAAGAACAAGUUACAAGGAUUCUGUUACGAUUUAGUUACAUCUCAAGUCUUUGAAGUUGUGAUCAUGAGUCUCAUCCUCUUUAACAUGUUUGUCAUGAUGGUGGAAACAGACAACGAUUCACCGGAAAAGAAAAGAACCCUUUUCUGGAUCAAUCUGGUGUUCAUUUGCCUGUUCACGGGAGAAUGUCUGCUUAAGAUGACAGCGUUUCGUCAGUAUUACUUCACCAUUGGAUGGAAUGUGUUUGAUUUUGUUGUCAUUAUUAUAUCCAUUGUUGGUACGUUUCUCGCAGAUAUUAUUUCAAGGUACAUUUUCUCACCAACCCUAUUUCGAGUCAUUCGUCUUUUUAGAAUCGGACGCAUCCUCCGCCUUAUUAAGGCCGCAAAGGGCAUCCGUGUCCUUCUCUUUGCUUUAAUAAUGUCACUUCCGGCCCUGUUCAACAUCGGCCUCCUGCUAUUCCUGGUCAUGUUUAUCUAUGCCAUCUUUGGCAUGUCGAACUUCGCCUACGUCAAAAAGGAGGGAGGCAUUGACGACAUGUUCAACUUCGAGACGUUCGGCAACAGCCUGAUCUGCUUGUUCCAGAUCACCACAUCAGCAGGAUGGGAUGGCUUGCUCAAUCCCAUUCUCAAUCAGGAGCCAGACUGUAACAGCAGAAUCCAAAACCCUGUCAAUAAUUCCACCAGGGGGGACUGUGGCAGCCCGACAGUGGGCAUUUGUUUUUUUGUGAGCUACAUAAUCAUUUCAUUCCUAAUUGUGGUCAACAUGUACAUUGCCGUCAUCUUGGAGAACUUCAACGUGGCCAGAGAGGAGAGUACUGAGCCACUGGGCGAGGAGGAUUUCGACAUGUUCUAUGAGGUGUGGGAGAAGUUUGACGUCAAUGCCACGCAGUUUAUUGAAUUCAGACAGCUGUCGGACUUUGCCAAUGCACUACAACCCCCUCUGCGCAUCCCCAAGCCCAACACAAUCCAGCUUAUGGUCAUGGACUUGCCCAUGGUGAGUGGAGAGCGCAUCCACUGCCUGGACAUACUAUUCACCUUCACUAAGCGCGUUUUGGGCGAAGGUGGGGAUAUGGACAUAUUACGGAGUCAGAUGGAAGACCGUUUCAUGGCCUCUAACCCCUCUGUAUCCUACGAACCUAUCACUUCCACGCUGCGUCGUAAGCAGGAGAACGUCUCUGCAGCGGUCAUCCAAAACUCCUUUAGGCAGUAUCUCUCCAGGCAGACCAUUAAGAGACAAGGAGUCAUAAGUGCCAAUGGGUGGCAACAGCAUAAUGAAUCACACAGCACACACACAUUUAAAGAUAAUUCUGAGAUGAUUGUUUCCCAGACAUCUUUAUCAUCAUGCGACAGUCUGAAAAAGACAGACAAGGAGAAAUAUGAGAAAGACAAGCAGGAGAAAGAGGACAAAAAUAAAGAUUUGAGGGAGUAAGAAGUGGAAGAAGCAAAAUACACCAUGUAACAAAUUGUUUACGCUCUUCAAGGUCAUCGCCUUCAUAUAGAAAACCUAAGCUAAGAGGAAACAUGUACAUGUAAGAGGAAGCUAAGAGUAAGCUUAGAGGAAAUGUACAUGUAAGAGUAUGUUAAGAGGAAACAUGUACACAUAGGGAGAAGAACUGAUGUUUGGAUUAUUACUACACUGGAAAGAAUAUAGUAAAACUCAUUUUGUGUCUAUUCCUACUGUAGCUCCUGGCUUUCUCUUUAAAAAAGAAAGUUAAAUUAUGUACUUUUUUUGCAGUAUCUUGUAAAUCAUUGAUUUCAGCCACUUUUAUGAAAAUGAUUUCCCUGUAAACUAGUGAGGGGUUCAUUUAUUGUGUUAAAGAUGACGAAUGUUCUAUUUGCAUGAAAGCAUGCUUACUCUGUCAUAAGUAUUGGGACACAGCUCUGCCACACUAAAUAUGGUGUCUCUCAAUAUCAGGUGCUUGUGAGCAUUAUACUUGAUUAUAUGGGGAGAAUAGAUGAGAUACUCUUGUGUAGAGUUACCAAAGACUACCAUUGUUUUGUGUCAGUAAAACACAAUCUUUUGACAUUUGACAAGAGGGACUAGGUGGUGGAAUAGAGAAAUGUUAUUUGGUGACUUCGUGGUAUGAAGAAAAGCAUAACAAACAAGACGGAAAUGCAGAAACGAACCUGGACAAUCUCCUGCAACUGAAUCUCGUUUCCCAGUCUUGUGCUCUCACACAAACCGAACGAUAAAUCGAAUAUGUGUGAAUAAUGCGAGGAGGUUUGCUGACAGCAGCCCUCCGUGAAACAUCCACAAUCUUUCAUGUUUCAUAGUGUUUAUUAAAUAUUAUACAAUAUUUCAGAUACUGAAAUUGAUCUGGUAAACACCAAUUUAUUGUAUAUUUUGCAUUUCCAGUCUCACUGAUCGAAAUGGAAUUAUGUAUGUGGCGUAACAUUGUAUCAGUAUUACAGUAUAAUAUGACCUUAUUUUAUAAUAGACUCACUGCAAGGUAGAAGUCACAAUGUCACCUUCAGACUGCUAGAAUUAUGACCAGAGGUAUGACCAUCAUCCACCUUCAUCCUCCAAAUUUAGCAAGUAUGAAUCCAUUCAUUUUGCUGUACUCCCAAUGUAUGGGCAAGAUAGCCAUUUAAUUUACUUAUUACAUAUGAAUAGUAUUAUUUUUCAUUUACUUAAGUCAUUUUGGUUUAUUCUUUGUUGUCCUUGAUUUACAUAAAUCUCUCACUGUUGCUUUUGCCCUGAAAUGUUGACAGAACUGUGUACAUGCCUGCGCACAUCUUUCACCAUCCGGAUUGUUCUUCCACUUCCCAGUUGCUUCCUCUUGAAAAAAUAAAAUGAAAACCAGUGUGUAUUGACAUAUUGUUAAAUGCCAUAAUUAAAAUCGCAUGUCUGUAUGCAUUUUAGUUACUCGAAUGUUUGGUUUAUGCUUAAUAAACUGAAUAAACGAAAAACACAAAAAUGAUUCAGCAGAGCAAACAGACCUUUCAUAGACAGUCUCAUUCCAUCUCAUUCUAGUGAUAGUUUUUGUGUGUAUCUCUCAUUUACUUGUAGAUUUUACUAAAGGCCAAAAUGAUAAAUGAAGUUUAUUAUUACUCAGGUAUAUCUGUCACAUUUCUUAAAUUGGUGUUCAUUUGUCAUUUUACCACCAAAUGUAUUAUAAAAUUUACCCAUAAUCUGUGCUCAGUGUUCUCCCAACAACUGUUCAUCAUUAACGGUCCAUAUUUUCCAAAAAAAUGUACUGCUUAAAACAACACGUUUUAUACCUAAAUGUUUUUCUUUGAAACGUGCGAAUGUGAACAAAUAUCUAACAUUUCAGUUGUGAAAAUAUGACGAGAUGAUUAAAAUGUAUGUAUUUUAUUGUGUGAAAAACAUUUUGUUUUAUGCAAAAACAACGGCAGACAUGUCUGCUUGUGAAUAACUGUGCUUUAAAAAAGAAGCCUAAAUAUAUAUCAUUUUGCAUAAUACAAAACAAUAUGAAUUAUGAUAUACUCUGGAGAUUGUUAACGUCAUAA